AUGGCGACGGGGCGCUUGGGGGUCGGGGAGACGCUAGGGGCCCUCAACACGGCCCUGGGGCCUGGCGACCCCGUGUGGUUCAAGGAGACGCGCGCCCGCCACCUGCGCGCCCGAGACUUCCUGGCGCCGCGGCCCGCGCUGCAAGCACGCUUCAGGGACGGACAGGUGCCCGAGCGUGUGGUCCGUGCGGUCGCCGGCCUGCAAGGCCCCGGCGUGGCCCCGGUGCUGCGCUGCGCGCCGACGCCCGCGGGUCUGGCACUCCAGCUGCAGCGGCCCGUCGUCUUCGAGCGCGUGCUCGGCGCCGUGGCCGCCUAUGUCGCGCCCGCCGCGCCCGCCGCGCCCGGCCCGCGCGUCCUCCUGCACUGCCCGGCGCUGCGCGGCGCUCCAGGCGCGCUCCGCUUGAGCCAGCUGCGCGCCGUGCUCGUGGCCGAUCAUUUGGCGCGAGCUCUGCGCGCGCAUGGGGCGAGUGUGCGGCUGGUGCCCGCCGUACGGGACCCGCACAUGUCGACCUUCCUGCAGCAACUGCACGUGGACUGGCCCGCUGCCUCCGAGAGAGCCACCACCGAAGCCCUGAGGGGCCUCGCGCUUGCAGAGCUUAGCCCUGCCCGGGACGGGGAAGCCCUGCCCCCUGGCGUCCUGGGCACAGUGUGCCUGAAGGAGGUGAUGCAAGAACGGGGACGCGCAGCUGGCUACGACCCCAACCUGGACAAGUGUCUGGUGACUGAGGAUCUGCUCUGCGCGCUGGCCGAGCUGCGGGAGGCUGUCCGCCACGGGCCUGGGGACGGCCCUCCAGGCCUGGCAUUGGCCCCGGAUGCUGAUGCGGGCGGCUGCAUGGUCGUACACGUGGUGAGCUGUGAGGAGGAGUUCCAGCAACAGAAGUUGGACUUGCUUUGGUGGAAGCUGGACGAGCAGGCUCCGCUCACACAGAAGCACCUGGUCUGUGGCCCAGUGAAAGCAGCUGGUGCCCCCGGCGCCCUGACUGCCCCCGAGUACUACGAGCUCCGGCACGCCCAGGUGUGCAAGGCGUCGGCCAGGAAGCGCGGCAGGGAGCUGGCCCGAGACCCGGCCUGGACGGAGGUCGUCCGCGUCCUCUCUGUGGCAACCAUCAAGUUCGAGAUGCUCAGCACAGCCCCACAGAGUCAGCUCCUCCUGGCCCUGGCCAGCGGCAGCAUUUCCACAAAGGGCACCAAGAGUGGCACCUUCGUCAUGUACAACUGUGCCCGUCUUGCCACACUAUUUGAGGGGUACAAGCACAGCACGGAACAAGGUCGGUACCCCACUUUUCCACCUGUGAGCAGUCUCAAUUUUUCACUGCUACAGGAUGAGGGUGAGUGGCUGCUGCUCUUCAAUGGCGUGCUCCCCUUCCCAGACGUGCUGAGCCAGACCGCAGCCUUGGCGUGCGCGGCCCCGGGGCUCCACGCGACAGCGCGCACCGAGACGAUGUGCAAGUUCCUGGUUCAGCUCAGCAUGGAUUUCAGCUCAUACUAUAACCGCAUACACAUCCUAGGAGAGCCUCGACCACACCUAUUUGGUCAAAUGUUUGCCCGUCUCCAGCUUCUGCGGGCCGUGCGUGAAGUGCUCCACGCUGGCCUAGCCAUGCUGGGUCUCCCUCCACUGAACCACAUCUAAGGCCACAGAGACCCCGACAGCUAGGAAUGUUUACAAAGUCAUGACCUGGAAAAAAGAUACAAAGAUGCUGUUAGAGAUCUGGAGCCAAAAUAAAUUGCUUCUGUUCCGUAC